GUUGAGUGGGGUUUAAACAAUCAGACCCACUUGGGAUGGGUUUUUUUGUGUGAAAACGUUGUCUGCCGCCGCCCCCAAGGAGCACAUAGUUAAGUCAUUUGUUAAACUUUUUUGUUUAACAUGACAUGAGCAGAAAGGCAAUGAGGUGCGGAUGGAAUGCGUUAGGACGGACAUGGGGAGUACACAAACCUGUAUUUAGGAGAUCCUUCAGUGAUGCUUCCCCCGAACUGCCGGACUACAAUACUAGUAUAAAUGUCCACGAACAUAAACUGACAAGGCCGGGAGGAAAACCUAAUAGCACAGUUAAAUGGAAGGGCCUUACAGGGUUGAAGGAUAGAACACAAGAUUCACUUGUCCCUAUCACAUUAAAAGAAAUGGAGGAAUCCGACGAUUUUAAACUGACGGAAGAAAACUUGCGCAAACUAGGACAACAGACAUUGACCAAGGAAGAAAGGAAGAAACGACAGAGAGCUUUAGAUAACUUGGGUGUACCGAACUUCCUCGAGUUUUGUCAGAUGAAAGCAGCAGAAAAUGGAAUUAUUGUACCAGAGUCGACCCUCCAACGGAGACGAACAGAGGUACUGCAGGUGAAUGUUGGGCUGUACUGUAACCAGGCGUGCAACCACUGCCACGUGGAGUCCUCCCCUAGGCGAAAGGAGAUGAUGAGCCGCCCGGUUGCUGAGAGAUGCCUCCAUCUUCUGGAAAACAGUCCACACGUCAAGCUUCUCGACAUCACUGGUGGUGCACCGGAGCUUUGCACGGAUUUCAGGUUCCUUACAUCUGAAGCACACAAACUGAAUAAGGAUGUUCUCGUUCGAUCAAACCUUACUGCGCUCCUAGAACCUGGUCAAGAGGACACUGGCGAGUUUCUUGCCGAGCACAGAGUGAACGUGGUGGCGUCGCUGCCAUGUUAUAGUGCCAAGAACGUGAACACGCAGAGGGGCAAGGGCGUGUUUGAUCGCAGCAUACAGGCACUGCUAGUCCUCAAUGAGCUCGGCUACGGGAAGUCGGGGACGGGCCUUAAGUUGGACCUCGUUUAUAACCCGCUUGGCGGGUUCCUGCCUCCGCCACAGAUGGCCUUGGAGGAAAAGUACCGGGAGGAGCUAUGGUCAGUGUUCGGUAUCGAGUUCUCCAACCUGUUCACAAUUACCAACAUGCCCAUCAAGCGAUUCGCAGACUUCCUGCACAGAAGGGGUGAUCUUGAGUCGUACAUGCAGCUCCUGGUGAGGAAUUUUAACCUUGCAGCUGUGGACAAUGUCAUGUGCCGGAGUCUCUUGAGCGUAGCAUGGGAUGGUCGCCUUUACGAUUGUGACUUCAACCAGCAACUCAGUAUCCCUGUAGACAACCAGGCGACAGUGUUUGACAUAGAGUCUUGUGAGGACUUGCAGGAUAUUGUUAUAGCAACUGACAACCACUGUUAUGGCUGCACAGCGGGCAUGGGGUCCAGCUGACAGGGAACUACUGUCUAGUAGGUUCUGCUACAAUGGCAGCCACUGGACAGUUAUUGCGGAUACACUUGGAAAUGUUUUAUACAUACAGCAUAAUGUGCUCAUUCUACAAUGGUUUGCUAUCAGUACUUUUCUGAUUUAAAAUACAACUAUGAUGGGCUGUGCUUCAUAUUCAAAAUCAAUUUUAGUAUCUUUACAAGAACUUAUAACUGCAACAUUGGAUACCAUUGCUCUGCUAUGUAUUAGAAUGACGCUGUAUUACUGAAAUGAAUGUAGUAUAUAGCCGAUGGUUUAUACGUUGGAGGGUAAUGGCAAAUCUUUUCCUUGUGGUGAUCUGCCAAACUAACGGAAUGAGUGUAUCGAUGGCUUCAAUAUAAUGGGAUGGCAUGUAUAAGUAUGCCACUGUGUUUCAUUUAUACCAACAUGUAAGCCUUUGGUAUCAUAUGAAUUAGAGCAGAAAUGCUUUCCAAAACAUAUACGGGUACGCACUGAAAUCUAAACGUAGAUUUUGAAAUAAUUACUUUUGUUGUCAAGUUAGUUAUAAGAACGCAGUUUGGAAUGACCUAGUGGUUGUUUUUCGUAUGCAUUUGUUAUCUAUAUAUUAUAUAUUUAACUCAGGUUGGUCCCUCAGAAGGCAGUGGUAGUCAGUGCUGUUAUGCGUUAAACAUCUUGCACAAUUAAUAACGUCUUAUUUAAUAUCCACAACCUUCCAUUUCUAUACUAUUUUUUGUAAAGAUAUUUCUUGAGAUUUAAUUUCAUUUCCAAUACAUUAAUAAUUAUUUUAAGUGAUGCAAUCAAGUAUUUAAUUGAUUGAUAGUCGUAUACCGGUCAUUCCCUUUUUUUACAAUACUAUAUUAGUAUUUUUUGUCGAAAGAUUUCAUGGUUUUACCGAACUUUUUUGUGCUUGUGUCUAAGUCAAAUCUUGUUUAAUUUUUGUGUAGUUUGUGCUUAUGUUUUUGUUUUUUUUACAAUUUACACUGAGUCAUUGUUUUGUGGUGCUAAGUACAUAUUCAACACUGGGUGUUCAUAAUGGUUUGGUUUAAAAUAAAUAAAGAAGCUUUGAUCCAAACACAUUGUAUUUUGUGUUAUUCAUUUGUGUUGAACAAUAACUAUUUUACUUACAUUUAUUAUCAUUGUAACGUUAUUAUUAUAAAUAAUAGUAUUAUGUGCGAGUUUUCAUUGAUUUACGUGAUUGCUGUGAUGAUUGUACAACUAAGGGAAGUAACUGCGUCUUGGAGUUUGAUAAUUUACAUUAGCAGUGUUAUUAUUGAUAGGUUUGUGGUGUUUACUUAUAUAACUGUAUUUUGUAACUGUUUAUACGACGGCAGCCAUUUUAUAUUUCCAAUUGUAUAGUUGACUAGGUGAGUGGAACGUACAAAAUAAAUAUACGCCAGCCUCAAACUCUCUCCAA